UUCUUAUCAUGAAUAAUAAUAAAUAUCAGACGACGUUGACUUAAAUCUGUAGAUCUAAACUAAAUAAUUUCAGUCCACCUUCUUUCUCUCUCUCUUUCGAUCGUUUACAGUGAUGAGGGAAAUCGGGGAUUCAUCAUCAGCAGGGAGCACUCCUCCACCUCCACCUCCUCCGGUGAGCUUCGAUCACUUCUCUCCAACUAGCUUCUUCGCUGAUGAUCCAGUGACUACAGAUCAUCACGAUCCAAAUAAGGCAGCUAAUAAUUCUGAUCAUGAUGAGUUGUGGAAACACCUUGCUGAUGAUGGUUGGUGUUUUUUCUCCGACAAUAUGCCUCAUGGUGAUGGUGAUGAUUCCCAGUUAUUCACCAGUGGGCGUGCUACUGCGUCGGAGCCCCUUCUUCAGAAGAACGCCACCUCUCGUCGUCCUCCUCUUCCUUCCUCAAAACUCAAACACAAGGUAAUUGGCAUGGAUAACAGAAGGGACCUGGGAACUAUAACCGCAUAUAGUAGUCCUCAUCCUUCUCCACCUCGAAAGGAAUGGGAUAAUUCAAACAGAAACCCUUCAUUGAUUCAAUCAUUGGCAUCAGAAAACGAUAGACACGAGAUCUCAUCAAGUGAGAAUUACAGUGAAGAUGAAAUACAGUCUGACUUACCUGAAAAUGAAAAGAUAAAGCUCCCAGAAAUAGGAAUGGAAUUCUUUUAUGAGGAAGAGGCUUACAACUUCUACAAGAAGUAUGCUGAAGAGAUUGGUUUUUCUGUGAGAAAAGGAAAGGUGGUCAGACUCACAAAUCGAGCAAUUAGAAAAAGAAAUUUCUUGUGCUCAAGAGAAGGUUUCAAGUCAAGAAAGAUAUCUUUUGAUAAAACAACUAAGUAUGAAAGAAAAGAAACAAGAACAGGUUGUGAAGCAUGUAUUCAGCUGACGGUCGAAGAUGGAAAAUGGGUAAUCUCAAAUGUUGUUCUUGAGCACAAUCAUGAACUUGAAAGGCCAAGGCAAAGUCAUGCCAUUGAGGUUCCACCUUCGAGUGUGAAAACUACUAUUAAUGAUAAUUAUGGUUAUUUGGGGAAAGAAAAUGGAACUGUCCAGUAUCUCAAACGACAAUCUCCAUACGAUUCUUUCAAUUACACACUUGAUAGAACUUCUAAUGAUGUUCAAAAGUUAAUGAACUUGUUUUCAUACUUACAAGUUAAAGAUCCAUCAUUUUUCUACGCAAUCCAAGUUGACAAUCAAAAUCGUUCAACGAAUUUCUUUUGGAGGGAUUGCAGGUCAAGAAUGGACUACAAUUAUUUUGGAGAUGUUAUUGUUUUGGACACAACAUGUAGAAUUGACAAUAUGGUUUAUGCUCUUUUUUGGGGACUUAAUCAUCAUCAACAAUAUGUCAUAUUUGGUUGUGCAAUCUUGCUUGAAGAGACUUUGGACUCAUUUGUUUGGUUGUUGGAGAGUUUCAAGUUGUCAAUGGAUAUGUAUCAGCCAAGAACAUUUUAUAGUAUGGAAGAGUGUGAAGCAAUGUCUACUGCAAUCGACAUGGUAUUUCCAAAAUCAGAACAUCGUUUAAGUGUGAAUUCUAUCAAAAUAAAUGCUAGAAAGCAUCUCCCGACAUACUUUGAACAACCUGGUUUUGAGGUCCUUUUUAACAAAUGCAUUUUUGAUUGUACAACAAAUAUAGAAUUCGAGAUGCAUUGGAACUCCUUGUUGGAACAAUACAAUCUUUGCGAAAAUCCAUGGCUUACUAGCUUAAACAAAUUGUGGAAAAGAUGGUCUCACUUGUUCUGUAAAAAGACAUUUUCAGCUGGGAUUGAACUGAUGUUCGAUAGUAAUGUUACCAACAUGGAUUUAUUUUUCUUGAAUUCAUCAAGCAAGGUUGUUACACUGCCUGAUUUUGUUAUGCAAUAUGUCAAAGAUUCAAAACGAAGGCGUUUAAAAGAAUUGCACGAAGAUCUACGGUGCCAUGAAAUUGUCAAUUCUAGAUCAAGGAAAGGGAUGGAGAAGCAUGCAGAGGAGUUGUACACUUGCACAAUGUUUGAAAAAUUUCAAGAGGAAUUGCUUGAUAGCUUGUCAUUGGCAAUAGAAGAAGUUACGAAUUCUGCAAAUAUUUCCACCUUCAGAUUGACAGAAGAAGGCCACAAGAAAGAAGAUAUUGUCACAUUUGAUUGCUUAAGUUCCUCUGUCACAUGUAGCUGUGGAAAAUUUGAAUCAAUUGGAAUUUUAUGUAGUCAUUCAAUAAAAGUACUAAAUGCAAAAAAUAUCUUCCAAAUACCAUCUCAAUAUGUAAUGAAGAGGUGGACAAAAUCUGCAAAGGAAGGAGAUAAUCAAGCAUUGCAAGUGGUUGAUUAUGAGGAUCAUACUUCUAGCAACAACCAAGGGAAAUUGAGUAUAUUGUCAAGAAAUCUUGUGCAUAAAGCUUUAAAUGUCAUAUCAAAGAGUUUGGGGUCUGAGAAAAGUAGAAAAGUAGUUGAAAGUCAUCUUGAUUUAGCUUCUAGAGAAGUUGACAAUAUUUUGAAAGAGAAAGGAUCAAUAAUAGAGCAUAGCAACAUAAUACCAAAUCUUGAUGAUGUUAAUUAUGAAGAUUGUUAUCGCAUAAGAAAUGAUAGUUUGGGUAGUGUUUAUGUAAAAAGCCAGAAGAUUGCAUCUAAUUCCUCAUGUAUCAAUCAAGAACAACAAGGAUCAAAAUACAUAUCGAAGAAAAGUAUGAAGUCAAGGACUUCAAAAAUUAGUGCAUGACAGAAGAGUCAAUCUCAUGGUAAUAACCCUUCUUAACAGCCAACUACUACUCAUAUCAUCAUAUGUAAGUUUUAGAAUUUGUGACCAACUUUGAAAUAUGGUACACUAUCUAUUUCGUAAAUAGUUUUGUAUGAAAUGGACUGGUAGUAUACUCUCUUGUUUUAUUGAUAUAUAAUAUAUAUUGGAUUGUAA